GGACGCUGGCCCGCAUUCGGCCUUCCGCCCAGCUGAGCGCACAAUGUGUCACUCUCGCAGCUCCCUCCCCACCAUGACCGUUCUGCGGGCCCCGACCCCCGUCUCCUCCACCAGCCCCGGACCCCGGCGGGGCUCUGGUCCUGAGAUUUUCACCUUCGACCCUCUCCCGGAGCCCGCGGUGGCCCCUGCCGCACGCCCCAACGCCUCCCGCGGGCAUCGAAAGCGCAGCCGUAGGGUCCUCUACCCACGAGUGGUCCGGCGCCAGCUGCCAGUAGAGGAUCCGAACCCUGCCAAAAGGCUCCUUUUUCUUUUGCUCACCAUUAUCUUCUGCCAGAUCCUGAUGGCUGAAGAGGGUGUGCCGGCACCCCUGGCUCCGGAAGACGCCCCCAGCGGCUCACCCCCCACGCCCACCCCUGUGCCCCCAGUCCUGGAGCCCCUUAAUCUGACCUCUGAGCCCUCGGACUACGCUCUGGACCUCAGCACAUUUCUCCAGCAACACCCAGCCGCCUUCUAACCGCGACUCCCCACAACUCCCCCCUCAAAGAAUCCGAAAAACAAAGAAACGCCAGGUGUACCUGGUGCGCGAGAGCGUAUCCCAAACUGGGACUUCCGAAGGCAAUUUAGACUCAACACUGCAGCGGAGACUCCAGUCCGAGCCUGGGAUUAGAGGAGCACCGACACUCCGGGGCGAGGCCGGGUGGGGAAGUCAUUAAUUUAUUUCUCGUUGAUCCUAAUUAAUAUUUAUAUGUAUUUAUGUAUGUCCCCCUAGGUGGAGGGGUGUAUGUAAUAUUUAUUUUAACUUAUGCAGGGGUGUAAGAUGUGCCCCCCUACUGAAAAUGCAGAUCUCUUUGGUAUUUGUUGAGCUUUGUGGGAAAGGUGGAAGCAGGGCUCCCAGAAUUCAGGGAGAUCCUUCUCCCCAGAAGGAAUGGAGAGGAGAGUGCCCGGGCUAAGUAAGGCAAGGAUGGUGGCGGGUCUUAGGUUUAGGGGCUGGUAUUCCGUCCUCCAGGAUGUCACUUCCGCGAAUCUAUUGUGUGAGGAUUUGGCGAACUGUUGGGAAUAAGGUCCUUGGCCGUGGAUCUCCUCGAAGUUGCCCCCAAGGGGUGUCAAAGGUCGGUGGUUCUGUCGGGGGCGGCUGUGGGGUCGCCCGGUAUGUUCUGUGAACACAAAUAAACUCGAUUUACAGUCA